CUACUGCGCAGACUCACAAACACAGGAAGACACAGGUCGCGCUUCCCCACAGAGGAAUUCAAGUCUUCUUAAAAAGCUCUUAGGAGCUCAUCACCACCAGUAAAGCUGUAUAAGCACCGGGUUGACGGGACCGAAGGAAGUGGCGCGUCGUACGGGGAGCUGCCUGCUGAAAUCGCCAUGAGUUACAAACCUAUUGCUCCUGCGCCAUCUGGCUCCAACCACACACCUCCAGGCUCCUCUGUGCCCUCUCCAUCCCUGCCCUCGUCAUCCAACUUUAGACCGGCUUUUAGUGACUUCGGCCCACCCUCUAUGGGCUUUGUUCAGCCCGUCAAAGUGUCUCAAGGGUCCACCUACAGUGAGCUUCUGUCAGUCAUUGAGGAGAUGAGCCGUGAGAUCAGGCCCACAUACGCCGGGAGCAAGAGCGCUAUGGAGAGGCUAAAGAGAGGUAUAAUCCAUGCCCGUGCACUGGUCAGGGAGUGUCUUGCAGAGACGGAGAGAAGCGCCCGCACAUAACCUUUUCAACAGCUCCCUUCACUCCUCACUCUUUCCUUGUAGAAGCCUGUCCUCAUCAACCAUGGUCUGUUUUACAACCUUUUUUCCCCUUCCUCUCCCACCUUUCCUUCACUGCUUUUUAUAGGUGCAUUUUGUCCUUCUUGUCUCCACUGCUCCCUGCAUUCUACCACACCAAUUUUGUUAAUCACAAACUUUCUGUGGACUCCGGGGUGUAUGCAAAAUGCAUUUUUGUAUCACUUUUCAAACAAGAGUGUGGGGAAUUUCAGCCAGUUUUUAAAUUAAGCUGUGGUUUAAAACCGUAGUAAAAUAGACAGGAAUGUUAAAAGUAUUAUUUGUUUAAUAAUGGAAAUUGACCAAGAAAGUUGGGUUUUUUUAGUGAUGAAAUGUUCCCGCUGCUAAAGUUUCUAUUCUGAACAUAACUCUGCAACCACUGAUUUUUUUUUUAAUCUUAGCAUCUUGAAUAUACCCCAUUUCUACCCACCCUUACUCUGUUUAUCAUAUUUUGUAGUGCAAACACUCACUAGAUGUUUCUCAAUCCCAACAACGCUGUACAUCUCAAGUCAGUUUGUUAGUAUGAAAAUUUUGUAAACCAGAUUUUUGCAGUUCUGUAUGUAUAUCUUAAUUAAAUAAAAGGAAAAAACCUUGAA